UUAUCUGGUGCCAUACUUUGUCAUGUUGAACGCAAUCGUACAACAACUCUGUUAGAGUUCCUUGCACUGCAGUCUUCACAGAUUGCGGAAGUAAGCAGUCGUCUGAAACAAUUCCACAGCUUGACAAAAGACAUCGUCUUGACUGCAUGUCGAAUCGCUCUUUUAGACUAUGGAUUUAUGCCUGACGACAGUGAUCGGGAUGAAUCUGAGCCAUUGGGCAAGAAUAUGUAUGAUGUGGAUGAAUUGGUAGAUGCUUGCAAACAUUCAGCAAAACAUAAUCGGCAGGAACCGGUUCCAUAUGAUGUGAAUCACCCCCUUGUGGGACAUGCAGCGUUAGCUCCUCUUUCUGAUUCACUCAAACAAGUUCGCUAUAAUCGCUUCAAAUUACAAAAUCGCUAUCAAAAAAUUAAAUCUCAGGCAUCAAGUGGAAAGAGCUCAUAUGCCUUUCAGUGUGGUGAGAAGGAUUGGUUUACAAGUUCUGGUGACAAAAUGAGCUAUACUCAGCAAGCCCGUAAGCGCAAAAUGUGUAGACGUCUUGUUCGCUUCAUUCGAUUAGCGGAUUACUUGACAAUGAGCACCCUUCAUUUUCUGACGAAGAAAUCCGUCUACACACUUUGCAAAAUCUUUCAGGAAGAAACAGCCAACGCUCCUACUGAACUAGAAAUUGCUGAACUAGCCAUUGAUGCGCCUUUAGUUCUGCAUCCUGAAGAUAUUGGUGCAGGAAGCACAUUAAAAGCCACUGAAUCCAGAGAGUCAAAAGCAGUGUCUGUCCGACAAAAGAGUGCGGUUAUCGAUCGUUUGAAGUCAAGUUUGAAAAUUGUGACUGGAAUUGUUGAUAAUUCGCCCAACCCACACUUGACAGAAGCUGGUGUCAGGGACUCUACGGUGGCUUCAUCGGAGAGUGCUAUUCGACCUCCAUCAUUUGUAGCUGAACUGGUUCUUCAAAAUGGGAAGCUGAUUACCAUUCCUACUGAAGAUCAAUUUGCCGAUGGAUUAUCUCACCUAAUGACAAAGUACCAGGAAACGAUGCUGUCAAUAGACAAUCUGGUUAAUGACAGCUAUUUUGAUGCAUUUUCGCGUCCUCUUAUCAAUGGAAAACGUGAAGAAAAGAUUCCUGAGACAGGGCCUCAAUUGGAUUUAGUGUUUUCUGAGGACAAAGAACUGCAGGAGUUGAUUCAAGGCAUUAGCCAUAGCAUUCGGCAGUCCUUUGAAACUAUAGAAAAAUACAUUGAAAUCUUCAGAGAAAUCAACUAUUUCUAUGUGGAUAAUGAAACUGUUACGGUGGAUUCGCUCAGAAAAGAAAGAGAAGGUAAUUCUAACAUCAAAUAA